AUGUCAACGGAAGGCGCCACGGCGCUCGAGCCCAUGGACACGUCGCCCUGUGGGGAGCCACCAUCUCAGACUCUACCGAAUGGCCAUAGUUCGCCGACAGAUAGCCUUUUCCCCAAUGGGGAAAUCAAACAAGAGGCUGGAGCGAACGACUCUCACAUCAAAACCGAAUCCCCGGACACGAUUGCAUCCGUUCAAACCCUCGACAGUGUUGUGGACCAGGUUGCUCAGCAGCAGCAGCAGCUGCCGCAGCUGCAAGGUCCGCCGAUGAGGAACGGUGAUCCUAGUGUUCCGAUUCUGCCAGCCGAGACCCAGAAUUCGACAACAUCAGAGAGAACCACAGCGUCAGCCAAUGCUGCUGCUUUCCCGUCAACGAAUGGAAGAUAUACCCCGCAAUCAAUCCUGCCUCAGUCAUCGACGGCAUCCACGGAGCAAUCCGCUCAGCAACCGAAUUCAGCAUCAGACGGCCGUCAAUCCACACCUGUACUCGUAAAUGGAGGCACGACGAACAAUAGCAUACUUCAAGCGGACCUCAAAACGGAACCGCAAUCUAAAUCGGAGCUCUCAAUCCAAGCUGUACUCGAGUUCCUAAAAAAGCAUAAUUUGCAGGAAACGGAAAAAAUCUUGAAACGCGAGUCAAAAGUAUCGCCGCUAGCCGAUACUUCGGGCUUGAGUCGAGAACUCGAUGGAGACAUGGCAAUCUACAGAUCCGAAGGAGAUCCCGAUGCCUACGAAGGCGUUUACGAGUCGCUGAAAACCUUCGUAGAAACGGCUCUGGACUCGUACCGGCACGAACUUUCAGUCAUCCUCUAUCCCUGCUUUGUACAUAUGUAUCUAGAGCUUGUGUAUAAUAAUCACUCGCGGCAAGCCGAGUCCUUCAUGGAAAGGUUCGGUCCUGUGCAAGAAGAAUACUUUCAAGACGACAUCCGACAAUUAUCCGCGGUUCGUCGAAGAGAGCAAAUGGCUGAGUCGCUGCUGAUGCAGAAUUUCCGCAGCGGACAAUAUACUGUCAGAAUGUGCAAGGACACUUACAACGCACUCAAACGAUAUUUGUCGGACAAGAGAAACGCUUCCGUGAACAACAUAGUCCAGGAGAACAUUUUCGUUGAUGUCUACGAGGGUAUAGCGAGGAGUCGGCAGCAGGUCGAAGCCGUCAGCGGCAGUGCAAUGGGGGAAGCGAACAAGCAGAUGAAUAAGAUCAAGGUCUUCUUCGGACUUCCCAAGGAACCGACCAUCAUCGUGGAAGAAGAGGAAGAAAUCGGCGACGACGGAGACGGCAAACCCAAGAAGAAGAAAUCGAAAAAGGAUUCUUCGAUGUCGAAAAAAACUCGAGCAGAUCCCAAUGCCCCACCUUCGAACCGGAUACCAUUCCCAGAGUUGCGAGACGCAGACAAACUAGAUCGAAUCAAUGCGUCGAAGGAUGCGACUAAGCGAGUUCGUCUCGGGCCAGGAUCCCUCCCGAGCAUAUGUUUUUACACACUCAUAAAUAGUCAUCUCCAAGCAUGUGCCGUGGAAAUCAACGAUGAAGCGUCGAUGAUGGCCGUCGGCUUGCAGGACAGCCGGAUAAAGGUUUUCUCGCUGACUCCAUCGAAAUUGAAAGCGAUGAAGAGUGCGCAGGACCUGGAGACAGUCGACCGCGAAGCCGAUGAUGUCCUCUUCCGUAUGAUGGACGAGAAGAACGCGUCUGAGGCCAAGAUCCUGACCGGUCACCAGGGACCCGUGACGUCUCUGAGCUUCAGUUCGGACAAGCAGUUCUUGCUCUCGGGAUCCGAAGAUGGGACGAUCAGACUGUGGUCUCUCCUAACAUGGUCGAACGUUGUCGCCUAUAAAGGCCAUGUUUUCCCUGUUUGGUCGGUCCAGUUCGCUCCCGCGGGAUACUACUUCGCGUCCUGCGGGCACGAUCGGACGGCGCGGCUAUGGGCCACGGAUUCGUAUCAACCGUUGAGGGUGUUUGCCGGACACUACUCGGACGUUGAUUGUGUGCAGUUCCAUCCGAACUCUAAUUAUGUUGCUACGGGAUCAACCGAUCGCGCGGUUCGAUUGUGGGACGUACUCAGCGGUCAAUGUGUGCGCUACAUGACGGGUCACAAGUCAACGAUUCAUUCUCUAGCUUUUUCGUCGUGUGGUCGCUUCUUAUGUUCCGCUGGGGUCGGUGGCCGUAUUCUUGUCUGGGACAUCCAUUCCGCUCAUCUCCUCGCUGACUUAUGGAGUCACACGGAUACAGUUCAUCAGCUGUCUUUCUCGAGAGAAGGCACCAUCCUGGCGUCGGGCGGCAUGGACUGCUGUGUGAAGGUGUGGGACUUCAGCAAGCUGGUCAGUGAAUUCGAUCUUGACGAAAUGUCGUCUAAUGCACCGAUGGUGAGAGUUGCGACCGAAGGUUCCUCUGACGGUUUCCUGCUCUCGAGCUACCCUACCAAGAGCACAUCGGUUCUGGCAUUGCACUUCACUCGAAGAAAUCUAUUACUCGCCGCCGGUUCCCCCGUUUGA